AUAGUGCAAUAUUACCUCAUUCUUCUAUAAUAAUAUUCUAAAAAUAACCUGCAACAAAAAUUCACAAUUACUAUUUACUUCAAUCCGGUAAAUUGACCUUUUUAUUCAAUGAAUAUGUAUUAUCGCAUAAAAAUUAUUUCGAUAUUUUUAACGCAGUCGUCGGAUCUUCGUGGUAAAAACUCGUGCAGAUUUGCGAUUGCUCAUUUUCCAUUUUUGUUGCGUAUAUACAGCGCAUACAAAAGCCACAAUUCCAUUGGAACGGUGUACUUUUGCAGUGCCACUCCUACUGUUACAAUGGAAUUCUCACGAGUACUUCUCUUAACAGUUUUUUAUUCUUUCACUUGCACUGGAGCUAGAAAUAAUAACUGGGACGAUUGGGCCCAAAACUUAAACCGGGAUAUACAACAAAGGGUUAGGCAAAGUUUAAGUGGUUUGGACAAUCUGGGGAGCACCAUAUCUCAACAAGUCCAGCAGAAUUUAGCAGGUAUUAAUCCAUCUGUGAGCAACUCCGCUAACUAUGCCAACCCACGUGGUACCGUUUACGAACACGAAGUAUAUGAAAACACACCGCAAGCCACCGUUCAGUUUAAUAAGAAAUCUGGUGGUUUCGGCAAUUUAGGCAGUUUGGACAAUUUAGGAAGUACCAUUUCUCAGCAAGUGUAUGAAGGUUUGAGACCAGUGCGUGAAAUGCAAGCUAAACUCAAGAUAAAAUUCGGAGAAGAUGGUACCACAGUCGCCACGUUUAAAGAUAAACAAGUGAUUGUGCGCGAUGGGGUCUUUUACAAAUGCGAAGGUACCAUUUCCGAAGAGGACGGUUCCUGCUCUGGUACUUUACGCAAAUCGUCUUUCGAAAGCAAGAAAGACUUCUGUUACGCAAAUAUCAACACAAUUAUUAACAAUUGGUACUGCAUUUCGUCCGGUGGCGGUGUCAGUUCCGGAAUUAUUAAUGGAAACAUGUACUGCAAUGGUUUCCAGAACAACCCCACUCUGUUGAUUUCGAGGGAAGAUUACAGAAAUUUAUGUGGAGACCACAGUUCUGACGUAAGGUGCUCCGGUGGUACUCCUUACACGUGCACUUACACGGAAGACCGAAAUCCCAGAGUUCCCAAUUUCACACACACUUUGUUAUAAAAAAGUUUAAUGUAUCGUUACACUGUAAAAAUAAUAAAAAAUUUGUUGGUUACAGUGAGAGAAUACUA